AUGCCGUGCGCCCCGGGGGCCUCCACGGCCGCGCACGCAGGCCGGCCCCGCAGCCAGCAGCGCGCGGAGCCGGCCAACCGCGAAUGUCCGGGCAAGACGGGCAGGAGCGCCCGGCAGGAGCACCUCGCCCGCGACCACGUCACCGCGCGCCUGUCGGGGGCGACGUCGGUACACGAUCCAGUGGAGCUUGGUGGUGCUGACCUGGCGGUCCUGUUGAUUGAGCUCCUCGCGCCCGGGUCGCGCGGGCUGGAGCCCCUCAAGAGCAGAGUCGAGCUCGAGCUCGGCGAUCUCCCUGCGGGCUCCGACGACUGCUGGGACGGCCUGUCGCUCCUGGACCUGUGCGGUCGCAUGCCGUGGCCGUUGGAGGAGUUCAUACGGCCCUACGUGGUGGUCACGGGGCUGAGGUCACCGGUAGGGUCGGCAAUCGAGAUCUUUCGUCCGCGCGAGGUGGUGAUGGUGGACGCGUGGCGCGUGCGUGAGGUUGGCAACCCGUCCGGCACUCGGCAGCGGGAUGGGAUGUUGGCAGAGCUGGAAGCGAGAUAUCAUACUCUUACCAUUGCCAUGUCUUUGUUGGAUCCACUUGCGGGUUUGAGCGAGUUCAUCGGCAAGCAUGCGCCCGUCCUCGAUUACCAUGCAGUUGGUAUCACCUUCGUCAUGGCUUACGUCAUGAUCAUGCCCCUCGGCGUGUCCCACCUGCUCUGCCUGCUGUUCGGCGCGGUAAGCUACGUGCUGUUGCUUCCCCAAGAUCGCGGGGUCGCCGCCAAGAAGCCGGGUCUGGCCGAGAAGGGCACGCCGGCAGUGGUGCCCGCAGCCAAGGACACCGCGACGCCCCUGCAGGAAUUCCUGCAGCAGCAGCCUGUGGAUACGCGAAGCCGCACAGCCGCCUCCGCCAGCUCGACGCCGCUGGCCCAGGCCGCGCCCUGGGCGGAGCUGGCGCCGCCGCCGCGGCCCGCGGCGCAGCAGAAGUGGCGGGCUCCCGCGGCCGCGGGCGCGGACCGCGCCGCCGCGGACGACGACUGGCGCUCCCGCCACGCUGCGGCGCCCCCGUGGCGCCAGCGCGCGCCCCAGGCCCCCGGAGGGAAGGUCGCCCUCUCGUCCGGGCUGUCGGCCGCGCGCAGGGCGCUGGCCAAGGCGGCGUGACGGGCCUCUCGGGCGCGCAGGGGCGCGGCGCCAUGGAGUGUGCCGGCCCGGCACCGCGAGGCCCCCCCGCGCGCUGUCGCACAGCAGGCGCGCAGGGUGCGGAGGCCGUGCCGGAAGAGAUUUUGGGGGGCACGUUGGUCGUCGAGCUGUGAGGCCGUCGGUGUGCAAGAGAGUCUUCGCGGGGCACUUGCUGGCAGGCUGGCUUCCUAUCUGACGUGCCUGCUGUCUUGCUGGAUCGUGCCGCUGCUCCUCCGCCCCUCCGCCGCGGAGAGGCCCUCCACCGCAGACAAUCGGAGCAGCCGAUCUGACAGCCGUGGCGUUCAAUUCGGCAGGUCUGGACCAGAUCAGUGCUCGGCGUAGCCGUGCCAGCCGGCCUUGCACUAUACAUCGAAUGCCCAGCUAGGGUUCAGGGCGCCCCCAAUAUGUCCAGGAGGCCUCGGCAGGAGUCCGAAGGCGGCAGUGUUGCGCGAGGCAUCCUCCUAAAAAGGCGGCUUGACGGCGCUGUUUUGCUAGGCAUGCCUCUCUGGCCCCCAUGGUGUGUAAGAUGGCCUACGGGUGAACACCCCGCUUCAUCGCAGCGAGCAGGAUCCGCCUUGCCUAGGGGACCAUGCGUUCUGCGAUCCGCUCGGGCGACCACGCAUGCGCGUGGCGGGCGAGUGGUAAUGACGUGCCCAGCGGCAGCUCACGCAAAGGCGUGCGCGGGGCGCGAGGGGGGCGGGCGCCGGGCCUCAG